CGGACCACUCCGCCCUGCAGACACCCGCCCGGGAGCCGCAAUGCUUCCCUGCCCAGCACGCCUCCUCGCCGUGGCCGUCACUCCACAGGAGAGUUCCCUUCGUGCUCAGAGGAUCCUGCAGCAGCAGCAGCAGCACCACGACGGUGGCGCGAGAUAAGGGAAACCCCGUUCCGGACUCUUUGUGAUCCUCGUUCCUGAGCGGCGAACUCUUCGCCGCGUUUUGUCACCGCCUCUGCAGAUACAAGGCAUCGUUUCGCAUUGCGAGCUUCCGUCUGGUCGCGUCGGGAUUUCUUGCUCGUCGUUUUAACUCCACGCUCAUUUACGACUGCCAACACCACCGCUCAUCCCACGGCAGCACACAACCUCCUGGCUACUUGUCGGUCCACCGUGCCCUGCCGUGACUGCAGCGGUCUCCUUGGCGUUACACCCCGGGUAGCCCUGCGGGGGGUUUGGGGUUGCGUGGCAGGGGGGGGAUGUUUUGUGUGGACUAACCGGGAUUUAGCCCUUCCAUCGGCUGCUGCCGGCGACCGUAUAGCGGUCGCAGGGCAAGCGAUGCCGUCGAGGGAAGAGGAGCGCGCGUCGAGGUGCCGGCCUCCCGGGACUCUUACCCAUCACCUGGGAUCGGCGCUGCUGCUCCUGGGCUGGGCCGUCUUCACGCGUGCAGUGAGCGCCAAGGGUCUACAAUCCCCGCGUUUUACGCUCGAGCCAGCUGGAACAGUGGUCGUGGCCGGAUCACCUGUGGUGCUCAGCUGUACAGUGGACUCUGACAGACCAACCAAAUUUGGCUGGAGGAAAGACGGUGUGCUGCUGGAUACAGUAGCUGAUGAGCGGAGGCAUUUGCUCGCCAAUGGUUCACUACUCAUACGUACAGGUGGGCACGAGGAGCUGGCGAGGAUUGACUCGGGACGCUACCAAUGUGAAGUUACAGUCCAUGGGCUUGGAAGCAUCAUAAGCCGCCCAGCAGCGGUUACAUUGAUAGGUGAACCAAGAUUUGUGUCCUCUUCUCUCUCCACAUUGGUAAUUCAAGGAGACAGUGUGGUGCUAGACUGUGGAGCAGAGGUGACAGGUCUUUGGAAUGAGGUGCGGUGGUUCAAGGAAGGCCGAUCUAUUACUGAGGAUUCUCAGGUAAUGGUGCUAUCUAGUGGAGACCUACUGCUACAGAAUGCCAGCAAGGCAGAUGGGGGAAAGUAUUUCUGCCAGUUAGUGUUUGGAGGUCGCACGUUUACCAACCAAGGGACAAACCUCUCCAUCUUGCCAGAAAUGGAAUCAAACCGCCCAUGCAUGGUUUUGCGGCACCCAGUGGACGUCAGUGUGAGGCUUGGACACACAGCCACACUGGAAUGUGUGGUUGCGGGCUUCCCUGCUCCAAGUGUACACUGGACCCGAGGCACCGAGUCAGUCCUCAGUGAGAGAUUCUCGGUGGUGGCUGGGGGGAUCUUGAGGAUCGAUAAUGUCCAGCAAGAUGACGCGGGAGAUUACACUUGCAUCAUCAAGGCCCAAAAUGAAACUCAGCGGCUUUAUGCCAAACUCACCGUCCUUGAACCCCCACGCAUCCUGCAUGGUCCUGAAAAUAGAAAUGCAAGUGUGAGUGAUGAUAUCAUUCUGGAGUGUCAAGCGGAGGGAAGACCCCGCCCAGUUAUUAGCUGGUUCCAAAACGGGGAUCUCAUUAUUCCAGAUGACUUCAUCCAGAUUGUGGAUGGCAGUUUGCACGUCCUCGGUGUGAUGGCCAGUGAUGAGGGGGUGUAUCAGUGUAUGGCUGAGAGUGAAGUGGACGGUAUGCAAGCUGCUGCACAGCUGGUGGUAAUCAAUCACGCCGUCCCUGGUAUAUUGGCUUCGUCACCUCCACGUGGGAUGACAGCUGUGCUGGUGUCUACAAGGUUCAUCCGGCUGAGUUGGCGAGCCCCAGCUGAAUCACGUGGCAGUGUUCUUCAUUACUCCGUGUACUACAUGCGUGUUGGCAGUGUCAGAGAACGCCGUGUUGAUACUCUUCAAGUCAGUGAACUACAGUUGGUGGUCGGUGAGCUGAGACCUGAAACUGGCUACAGCUUCCAGGUAGUGGCAGUCAAUCAGGCUGGUCCAGGCGAACGGUCUGCCCCACUUCGUAUCACCACACAACCUGAAGUACAAGUUCCAGGACCGGUUCUAAACCUACACGUCGUAGCCAUCUCGACCACCUCAGUGAGCCUCCAAUGGGACCCUCCUGCAAAUGUAUUCAGCCCCAUCAUGCAUUACAAACUCUACUACAUGCAGCUCGAUGGGGAGGCUACCACUGAACACGAUCAGGACACCGAUGGUCCAUCCUUCACAAAGGAAGGCCUCAGGAAAUUCACCCGUUACAGCUUCCGUGUGGUGGCCUACAACAAGCACGGGCCUGGGGUGUCCUCUGAGGACACUAUCGUUCGUACAUACUCUGAUGUACCUAGUGGAUCUCCACAGGAACUAAUACUGGAAGUGGUGAACUCACAGAGUGUCCUUGUGCGAUGGAAACCACCUUCACUGGAGACACACAAUGGGGACAUCACUGGGUACAAGAUCCACUACCGCAAGGCGGGAAGGCGUGCUGAAGCAGAGAUCGAAGAAACAGCACAUUUGUCCUAUCUUGCCGUGGGAUUGGAUCGAGGCUCUGAAUACAGCUUUCGCGUAGCAGCUGUCAACAGUAAUGGCACAGGCCCCUUCUCUGAUUGGCUUUCGUCAGAGACUUUUCAGGCUGACCUUGAUGAAUCAAGGGUACCAGACCAGCCCAGCUCAUUGCAUGUACGGCCAUUUCCUACCAGCAUUGUGGUGAGCUGGACACCACCUGCAAACCCACAGAUUAUGGUACGUGGCUACGCUCUAGGAUAUGGCAUUGGAAGCCCACAUGGCAAGUCGUUGCGUGUCGACAGCAAGCAACGCUACUACACUAUCGACAAUCUGGAGCCAAGUUCACAAUACGUCAUCUCGCUGAAGGCCUUCAACCACAUGGGAGAGGGCAUCCCACUCUAUGAGAGUGCAACAACACGCACACUGUCAGAUCAUAUGGACCCUUCCGACAUUGAUUUAUUUCAUGUUUUUGCUGACCCGGUGACGGCAGUCCCAGAGCCACCCACACCCAUGCUGCCCCCGGUGGGCGUACAGGCUGCGGUGUUGUCUCACGACACCAUCCGCGUCGCCUGGGCUGACAACUCGCUGCCACGCAGCCAACGCAUCCCUGAUGCACGCCACUACACGGUGCGAUGGAAGACCUACUAUCCAGCCAACACAAAAUACAAGAUGGCGAAUAGUACCUCACUGAGCUACUUAGUAGGAGGGCUGAAGCCCAAUACUCUGUAUGAAUUUGCUGUCAUGGUGACCAAGGGCCGACGUACCAGCACGUGGAGUAUGACCGCGCAUGGCACGACACUGGAGAUGGCUCCAACAUCAGCACCCAAGGACCUCACGGUGGUGACCCGUGAAGGAAAGCCACGCACUGUCCUGGUCAAUUGGCAACCCCCAGCAGAGUCCAAUGGAAAGAUUACCGGAUACAUGAUCUACUAUUCAGCGGACGUGAACAUGCAGCUGCAUGACUGGGUGGUGGAGCCUGUGGUGGGAGACCGCCUAUCACACCAGGUGCAGGAGCUUACCCUGGACACCAUCUACUACUUCCGCAUGCAGUCGCGGAAUGCCAAAGGAAUGGGGCCUGUGUCAGACCCUGUCCGCUUCCACACACCAAAAGCUGAAUCACCUGACAAAAUGGCAAAUGAUCAAGCUCAGGGCUCGUUCAGCCGUGUCUUUCCCAGGAGGGACAACAGGCCUGGAGACAUGAACCAGGGUGACCGUACCUUUGGUGGUGGUCAGAUUAAUGGGAGCCGGCCUUCAAAUGUGGACAACACCACACUUGUGGUGAUUAUUGUAUGUGUUGGAGUCAUCACCAUCAUCGUCAUUGUCCUUGUGGCCAUCAUCUGCAAUCGUCGCAUGGCUGCUGAGCACAAGAAGCGCGCGGCAGCCUGCAGCUCCAAGAGAAAAAGCCACGCACUGGACUUGAGUCCACCGGACCUGUGGAUACACCAUGAGCGUUUGGAGAUGAGAACUCUGGUGAAGUCCGCUUCAGGCGCCGAGUCUGGAGUCACAGAAACUCCUGUGUCACGCCACUCACAGGAAAUACACACCAUCGAGCCCUGUACCAUUGACAGCCUUACAAGACGCAACUCUUACAUUGUGCACGAGGGAGAAGACUGUGCCACACUGUCGUCCCGCCGGUCUAUGAGGUCCAACGUCAUGAUUCCACUUGACAGCCAACAGUCCGUGCAAUCUGCCCCUUGCCAUCACACCAUGGAUCACACUCAUCACCUCUCAAACUGCAUUCUGCCCUCCCCUGGGAGUCCCCAAGUGCUUGGACAUCUCGACCUGACCUAUACUGGCCAGCGGGGCAUCGGCACCAUUACUGCUGCCGACACAGUACACACCACGCCAAGUGUGGAAGAGGCUCCCAUUGGGCCAAGUGCUGUGGAGAGGGAUGCGACCCAUGAGGAGGAGAUCUGUCGCUCAAUGUCAGUGGGGCAUAUGCGACCAUCUCAGACCUUCUCCAGUUUCGCCACGCUGAGUACCCCAACCAGCCCACUGGACAGUUCUACUGCUCCACUGCUACCACAGAGUGGCACAGCAGGACAAGGCGCGUCUGUGCGGACAGCUUCCGUGGGGCCUGUGGGGUGGUCACGCUCACCCCUCCCCGUCACCGUGCCUAGUGCCCCAGGAUUGCUCGAGGCCAAGCAUAUGCUGCAUGACACUGAUGAUCAAGACACAACUGAUGACCUUAGUCUGGAGAUGGCAAGUCUGGAAGGUCUCAUGAAGGAUCUCAAUGCCAUCACUUCUGAAUUCUAAAACGCAGUAUCAAAUCAUUUUGAGUUUCUGCUGCUGAGCAGAAAUCAACGUUGAAAAACUUUCUCCUCUCAGUCACACCUGGAUUUUGAAAAUGUCAUUUCUACAUGGAACUGGAUGAUGAAGAACGUUGCAGGGGCUUUGAAUUUUUUUUUGUAUGUUGGGGGAAUGGCAAUUGGAGCUCAUUUUCAAGAGAAAGAACAUCUCCUGGAUAGAUGAGUGGCUGUAUGACUCGAAAAGAUUGCUCUCCAAGCUGUGUAGAAUAGCAGUUUUCUUGGAUUGUAGCGAACCUAGAGAGAAUUUUAAUAUUUUGUUAGUUUUAAGGUCUACUUUGAUAUUGAUGAAUACCAUAGUUUAACACACUCAGGCUUUACUUAAAAAAGUGCAGAAAGUUGCACAGGUCUACAGAGUUUUCUGAAAUUAAAUAAAAACAAGAGUUAUAUGUAUUGAAAAAUAUUAUUUCGCCGACAUACAUUUUGAAGGUUUUGGAAACGGCUUGUAUUACAUUGUAUGCAUUUGAUUACCGCAGGAUAACUGGAAAACUGCGAGACUUUCAUGGUAAAAAAGUCAAUGUAGCCCAAUUAAUGUGUUACAUGUUUAUUUGUGCUAAUUUGUCUGAAUAUUUAUAAUAUUUUUUAAGAACUAAAUGAACGUGUCAUCUCUUACACAUGUUUAUACAAACUGAGCUGGACAUCAGCCUCUCCUGGGCAUUUAAUUACUUUGUGCAACUUUGCAUAUGAUUGUUGCUGAAGUUUCAUGUAUGGAGUUCGGUUAUUUAUUGUAUUUUAUUUUAAAAAUGGAUUGCAACAUUUUCCAUGUUUCUUUACAUAAAAAAUAUAUGAACCAAAUUGAAUUGGCCUUUUUUUAUUAGAAUUUGUAACAUUAAUCAGCAAUACAUAGUUUAAUUAAAAAUGUCUUUAAAAAAAGUGUUUUUGUCUAAUAUUUAAGUGAACUGUUGUAUUUUAAGACGUAGAUUUAGUCAAUGGAUUCCAAGGCAACACUUGCAGGAAUAAAUCUAAGGCAUAUUUAAUUUCCUUGGACUGGGACACACUUCUAAAAAUACUUUUUCAUGACCCUCACCCCACCACUUAUGUGAAAUGUACUCCUAAAUAACAAAAAACGCAACACAAUCAUCAAUAACAUUGCCAUAAAAUGAACAUGUGAUUUGUGACAGUUCGUUUAAGACAGUGUUUAUUAACCAAUGUGCUGAUUUUGUGCUGGGCUUGCACCACAGCCAACACGACAUAAAAUAAUUUGUUCUGAUAGAAACUACAGACUAAGCGAGAAAUAUAAUACUUGAAUAUAGUGACAGUGCAACCAGUAUAGUGACAGGAAAAUAUGAGACAAUGCAUUUUCAAAAAUGUGUAUACUUUAAACACAGUGCAUCUGGCAACAGUGUAGAAUAUAGAUAUUGAUUCUAUCAGGGCAUGUGAAGUGGUUUCAAGACAAUAAGAAUUUGAAGGUAUUGGCAACCAGAUAUGGGCAUGCUAAAAGGAGCGUGUGUGUUUUUUUUAAGAAUAGAAAGGCAUUGAAAUGUGCACCACGUUGCUUGCUAAGGCCCGGUGU